AUGAUGCGCUUCAAAUACCUCUUGAACUUCUUGUUCCUCCUGCUAUUCAUCUCGACCACCACGCACGCCUUCACCUACUGGCUAGACCGCACCUGCCUCGCCUACCCAGCCGGUCCCGGCAAAACCCUGAGCCUCCGCGAUGGCGGCGUCUUCGAAGAAGUCUUCGACAUGGGGAAACGCGCUUCAGAGCGCAUGGACCGCAUGAGCAUCACGUCCACCAACGCCUGGGACAGGGACUUUGCGCGAAGCUACGCCUAUAUCUUCAAUGACGACAAGGCACGAUCGCGAGGCAUCGAGCGCAGCUGGCAGUGGAGGGAAAAGUACGGCGGUGAUGGCAAGGACACGGUCUACAACGUGAUAUUCAGUGCGUACAAUACAGUCCGCGACGGCCAAGACGGAACUGACGACGGCAGACACAAUGACGAGCAUCGGAAACGACUGGACGGAGACGAGAGUCAAGCUCGAAGGCCGAUAGGGGCAGGAGCUACGGGAACUCAGACAAUUCGCCUGCCGGCGACUAUAAAGGAGAUGCGCAAGCUGGGAAAGGUCAAGAAGGGGGCCAGGAUUGACCACUUCGAGGUGCUGUCCUGCAUUAUCCUCCAUGAACUAACGCAUACUUGGCAAUACCUCCAUGAGGACCACACUCCUGACGAGGACGACUCUGAUGCUUCAGAGGCCGAAACUGGUGGCUGGAAGUCCGUUCUUUUCCAAGACGAAGACAAGGGAGCUUUGAAUUCGGACUCUUAUGUUGCGCUCCUACUUGAUGGGGCAUCAUUGGAGAAGAAGGGCUACACGCUCGAUCGCGAUUAUGUAACCAGUCCCGAAAAACUUGUCAAAGGAAAGAUUCGCCACUAUCCCGAUCUCAAAGGAAGACCAUGA